AUGCCACAUAAUAGGAAACACACACAAAAGACCAUUCCUACAUGUGGAAGUGUUAAGAAGAAGCCUAGCAUGCGAAUUCCCGGUUCUCAGAAUCUCUCAGGGAACUUUCACCCGUAUCACACUGUCCUUGUUAAGCCUAGACGAGACUCUAUGCUUGAAACCUCCCGUGAACCUCAGAAGAGGAGGAUUCAUGAUCCCCCUUGGAUAGCUGAUGUAGUGAAUGAAUGGGUUAGAGAUCAGAGAGGAACCCAUCAUUUUGAGGUAGGGCAAUGCUCGAGGAUAAAACCCCUAUCCACCACUAAGAAGGACAUGUUGUCACUCAUGUUUGACCAUACCAUGUAG